UGGUUCCAUUUCCAUUCGCAUCUUUAUAGAUAGCAUGUAAGUAUGUUGCGCAUGCGUCUGCAAUGCUUUGAGGCGUUGCGUGUUAGUGCAUACUUUCGCGUUGUGAGUCGGCAAAAAGGAAAAGCUCAAAAACGGGUUUCAAGAUAUUUCGAUAUUUAAGAGUUUUUCGAAUCGUGAUUCAACAUCGAGAGAUGUCAAGCAUAGAAAAAAAACCAUUUCGUCGGCUGCCCACAGAUGUUCAGCCUUAUCAUUAUAAUAUUGUUUUGUCACCAAAUCUGAAAACUUUCGUCUUCGAUGGGAAGGAGGACGUGCACAUUGACGUAAAAAAAUCUACAGAUACUAUUGUUUUAAAUUCAUUGGAUAUUAAUAUAAAAACUGUAUUUUUUAAUGAUAAUAAUGGAAAAAUCAUUCCGACAAAACAUAUUGAUAUUUCUUCGUCUGAAGAAACAGCAACUUUGGUAUUUUCCGAAAAAUUGCCAGUGGGAAGAAGUGGGUACUUGAGCUUGGAAUUUAUAGGAGAAAUUAACGAUAAAAUGAAGGGCUUCUAUAGGAGCAAAUAUAUUGGGGUCAAUGGAACCGUUGAACACGCAGCUGUAACUCAAUUCGAGCCAACAGAUGCUAGACGUUGCUUCCCAUGCUGGGAUGAACCAGCACACAAAGCUACGUUUGAUAUUACUCUAAAUGUACCAUCAGGUCUUACAGCACUUUCCAAUAUGCCUAUCAAAAACAAGGUAACGAAUGAAGCAGUCGAAACUUUAGUAUUCGAAAGGACACCAAUCAUGUCGACGUAUUUAGUAGCAGUUGUGGUCGGUGAAUUCGAUUACAUAGAGGACAAAUCGAGUGAUGGUGUAUUAGUACGCGUAUACACACCGAAAUCAAAGAAAGAACAGGGACAAUUUGCAUUAGAAGUAGCAACUAAAGUGUUGCCGUAUUACAAAACUUAUUUUGGAAUUGCUUAUCCACUUCCGAAAAUUGAUCUUAUCGCGAUUGCCGAUUUCUCAUCCGGUGCUAUGGAAAAUUGGGGUUUAGUUACGUAUCGUGAAACCUGCCUCUUGGUAGAUCCACAAAACACAUCUGCUGUACGAAAACAAUGGAUCGCUUUAGUAGUAGCACAUGAAUUGGCACAUCAAUGGUUCGGAAAUCUUGUAACCAUGGAAUGGUGGACUCAUUUAUGGUUAAACGAGGGUUACGCGUCAUUCGUGGAAUUUUUAUGCGUUGCUCAUUUAUUUCCCGAGUAUGAUAUUUGGACACAAUUCGUAACAGACACGUACAUCAGAGCUUUAGAACUCGACGCUUUAAAGAAUAGUCAUCCGAUCGAAGUGCCGGUUGGUCAUCCUUCCGAAAUCGAUGAGAUCUUCGACGACAUUUCUUACAAUAAAGGCGCGUGUGUCAUUCGAAUGUUGCACUCUUACAUCGGGGAUGAUGAUUUUCGAAAGGGUAUGAACCUUUACUUGAAAAAGCAUAGCUACGCCAAUGCGGAAACUGGAGAUCUUUGGGAUGCUUUAGAAGAAGCCAGUAAGAAAGAAGUCCGCAGUGUGAUGAGCACGUGGACAGAGCAACAAGGAUUCCCCGUUGUCAGAGUUCAACAUCGUCAAGAAGGUACCGAUCGAAUUCUGUCCUUAUCCCAAGAGAAAUUUUUAGCUGAUGGAUCCACGGAUACAGGAAGUAAUUCGUGGAUCAUACCGAUUAGCAUAAGCACGUCGAAGAAUCCUGAGGAGUGCGUACUUAAGGAUCUGUUGGACGAGAAAACAAAAGAAUUUCGAGUCAAAGACGUCCCGGAAGAUCAUUGGGUAAAAAUCAAUCCUGGAACGAUCGGUUUCUACAGGAUUCAUUACAGUCCAGAAGCAUUGUCUCUCUUGUUACCCGCUGUCAAAGAUCAUGCAUUACCUCCGUUAGAUAGAUUGGGUCUGCUAGACGAUCUGUUCGCCAUGGUACAAGCCGGUCACGCUUCUACCAUAGAAGUACUUCAACUCAUGCAAGCGUUUCAACACGAAGAUAAUUUCACUGUAUGGUCUAGCAUAGUAAAUAGUCUAGGGAAAAUCGGAGUUCUAGUGUCUCAUUUGGAUUUCGAAGAUUCGUUCAAAGCGUUCGGACGUAAUUUGAUGCGAGACAUCACCAAUAAGUUGGGCUGGGAUCCUAAACCUAACGAGAGCCAUUUGGAUACCCUUUUACGAUCUCUUGUUUUAGGUCGUAUGGCAGCACUGAACGACGAGGAUACCAUACAAGAAGCAAAGAAAAGAUUUGAAUUGCACGUAUCUGGCACGACAUUACUCGCUGCCGACUUGCGUAGCCCUGUUUAUCGGGCCGUGCUUUCUGUCGGCGAUACCGACACUUACGAGACUAUGUUGAGGCUUUAUCGAGAAGCAGAUUUGCACGAGGAGAAGGAUAGAAUAUUGAGAGCUCUGGGCGCGAUCAAAGACGAAACCUUGUUAGCGAAAGUUCUGAACUUUGCUAUGAGCGAUGAAGUGAGAGCUCAGGACACGGUGUUCGCCAUCAUGUCGGUAGCGAUGACGUACAAAGGUCGAGUGAUGGCUUGGGACUUUUUUAAAGAGAAUUGGAAGACUUUGCUCGAUCGUUACGGUGGCGGUUUCUUGAUUUCAAGAUUGGUCAAAUUCACCACGGAAAACUUCGUCACCGAAGAACGGGCCAAAGAUGUCGAAGAAUUCUUCAAGGACCAUCCAACACCGGGAACCGAAAGAACGGUCCAACAAAGUGUCGAAUCUAUCAGAUUGAACGCGGCAUGGCUUGCCAGGGAUAAAGACUCUAUCAAGGAAUAUCUGAUCACUCACGUUUAGUAGUACAAUGAAUUAUUUCUCGCCUCGAGUUCUUGUCUCUAACUUGUUAUUACAAUUUCUGAUACAAUAGGAAAUCGAAAGGGCGACAUCAUGCCUUUGUGAGUUUUAAAAAUAAGCAAGAAUUGCUUCGAGUCGAAUUUAGAGAAAAGAGAAGACGCAGAUUCUCUUGUACCAUACGACAUCGUAAAGAUUUGCAUUUAUACACACA